AUGUCCACCACAACCACUACACUAGUCGGUCUAAUACCGUCCAUGUCAACAGCGACCGCCUUGAUCCCAGGGAAGACCUGCCCAACCUGCGGCCAAGAUGGAUUCCUCUCGCAAGACCAUUCUACAGAACCGUCCCGACGACGAGUGAAAGACCUAGAAGACCAGGUGCAUUUCCUAAACGCCCAGGCCGUACAAAUGGCGGAGAAAUUGGCCGAAUACGAGGAGGAGGUACGACGUCUCCGUGCCCAAACCGCUUACACCCCGAGAAACGGCUCCUCCAUUUCCUCCACCUUAUCCGCCCGCACCAAUCACGACGUGAUACGACCGGGCUCACAGUCACACUCGUCGUCCCCGCCAGCUCAGCAACAAGGUCGAUUGUCCUCUCUGGCAUCUUUUCUUCCAUAUCGGAGACCAAGUACGGCAUCUCAUCAGUCCACACAGUCACAACAACUGCUACUAUUACAACAGCAGCAGCAGCAGCGGACUCAGACUCAGACAGGUCCAAUUACUUCCUCCCCACCCCAAGUCCACGCAUACACGCAGUCAAUCGGUACUAGGUCCUCCUGCGAAGAUACACUCGAGUUACAAAAUGCGUUGAACCGGGAACAAACUCUGCGCAAAGCCGCAGAGACGCAGUUAUCGCAAGCUAGCACGGAGCUAGAAGAGCUCACGGUGCAGCUCUUCAGCCAGGCGAACGAGAUGGUCGCACAGGAGCGCAAAGCACGAGCAAGGCUUGAGGAACGUGUCGCCGUGCUGGAACAACGAGACAUCGAGAAGCGGAGUCGUCUUGAGCGAUUGGAGAAGGCAAUGGAGAGAGUUGAGCGCAUCCGAGCUCUCGUGGGGUAG